UCUCAUGCGCACGGAACCUUCAAGAAUCCAGAUCAGAUCAAAGUAAUAAAAGGAAAAGAAAAGGAAAAAAAAAUCUUCAAAUCAUUGUUCAAUAUUUUCUUAUUUUCUUAACUAAGGAAGCUAAACAAAAGCGAGAAGUGGAUAGAUUCGAACCACCAUCAACAACAUCAACACAGAUCCAUUUUCCUUCACUUUCCGGCAAAACCCCCUAUUUCCCGAGAAAACCGUACAUGGUCGUGUCACGCGUAUCGAAUUGAUCGAUCAUUGCAAUUGCGCGUGAGAUGUACAACCCGGCGGCGGCGAGUAGGAGCGUCCUGGCGUCGCGGACGAGUUCGCGUUCGGUGACGGAGACGGUGAACGGUUCACACAAGUUCGUGAUCAAGGGUUACUCUCUUGCCAAGGGAAUCGGCGUCGGAAAACACAUCGCGAGCGAGACUUUCACCGUCGGAGGAUACCAGUGGGCGAUUUACUUCUAUCCCGACGGCAAGAAUCCUGAAGACAACUCUGCCUAUGUCUCCGUUUUCAUUGCGCUCGCUUCCGAAGGCACCGACGUUCGCGCGCUCUUCGAACUCACCUUGCUAGACCAGAGCGGCAACGGCAAGCACAAGGUGCACAGCCACUUCGAUCGCUCGCUCGAGAGUGGGCCCUACACUCUCAAAUAUCGAGGCAGCAUGUGGGGUUAUAAGAGAUUUUUUAAACGGGCUCAACUUGAGGCUUCAACGUUCCUGAAGGACGACUGCUUGAAGAUAAACUGCACUGUCGGUGUGGUGGUCUCAUCCAUUGAUUGUUCUAAAUUAAACACAAUACAGGUUCCUGAGUCUGACAUUGGGUCACAUUUCGGAAUGCUGUUAGAGAAUGAGGAGGGAUCAGAUGUUACUUUCUCUGUAGGUGGAGAAAGGUUUCAUGCUCAUAAACUUGUAUUGGCUGCUCGAUCAACUGCAUUUGAAACUGAAUUUUUCAAUGGGAUGGAGGAGGAUGAGCGGGAUAUAGUUGUUACUGACAUGGAACCUAAGGUUUUCAAGGCUUUACUUCAUUUUAUUUAUAGAGACUCUCUAAUACACGAUAGAGAGCUUUAUAAGUCACGUUCAUCACUGUAUUCUUCGGUAUCUGAAACAUUUCCUGCAAAGUUGUUAGCAGCUGCAGAAAAGUUUGAUUUAUCAAGACUUAAGCUGAUGUGUGAAUCUGUACUUUGUAAAGACAUUUCUAUAGAUUCUGUAGCCUAUAUUCUGGCUCUUGCUGAUCGCUAUCAUGCUACAGAGUUGAAGUCUGUCUGUCUACAGUUUUCUGCUGAAAACCUUGUUGCUGUGAUGCAAUCUGAUGGUUUUGAAUAUCUUAAGGAAAAUUGUCCAUUACUGCAAUCGGAACUGCUAAAGACUGUGGCGGGAUGUGAGGAGGAAUUUAGUGGAGAAGGAAAAUGUCGAAGUGUCUGGGCCCAGUUUUCUGAUGGUGGUGACACCAAUGACAGGAGUGUAAGACAACAAACCUGGGAGAAUGGAGUUGACAGGAGUCAAAGCUUAUGGGUUCAUCUUUCUGAUGGUGUUAACAACAAUGACAGGAGUCCAGGGCAAGAACCGUGACAAGGGAUUCGAUGGGGACAAGUUAAUUGGUCCUUGGUAGAAGACCAGCCUGUGCAGGGAUUUCACUGCAUGAAGCAUUGUUUUUCUUUUCAAUUUUUAUGGGGGUUGACUGGUGGAGAAUAGCAGAUUUGUCUUGUAACGUUAGUGAUGUAUCUUCUAACAUCAAUGAAUGGUAGCAGUUAACAUAAUGAGAUGAAGUGACAAUUUAGAUCUUUUCUGUCAGUUUGGUGAACUCGCGACAAUUCAUGCAUGAAUGCUGUAUCUUUUACACAGUUGGAAUCUUCAUCCUUGUGAAUUGUCAAGCAUA